AUGUCCAUAAUUGUGAGGUAUGUGAAUUUUAACUCUAGUUCUGUGACCAUUGAGGAAUCCUUUUUAGGUUUUUUGGUUGUUGAUGAUACCACGGGUUUAGGACUUUUUGAAGUAACAUGUAAGGAAUUAGAGUCGCUUGAUCUUGAUAUUGGUGAUAUGCGUGGUCAAGGCUACGAUAAUGGGGCAAACAUGAGAGGAAAAAACAAAGGAGUUCAAACUAGAUUUUUAGAAAAAAAUCCUAGAGCUUUCUAUAGUGCUUGUGGUUGUCAUAGUCUAAAUCUAGCAUUGUGUGACAUGGCUAACACAAUUACUAAGUCUAAGGAAUUUUUUGGAACAAUACAACGGUUAUAUACUAUCUUUGCCCAUUCUAUUAAUAGAUGGCAAAUUUUGAAAGACAAUGUUAAAGGAUUAACUCUUAAAUCAUUGUCUACAACUCGUUGGGAAAGUCGUAUAGAUAGUAUUAAGCCUAUAAGAACUCAACUUGGAGAUGUAAGAAAAGCUUUGCGAGAAGUUAGGGGGACGGAUAGAGAUGCUAAAAUCAUAAGUGAAGCUAAAUCAUUAGAAGAGUAUGAACUUGGUGAUUUUGAAUUUUUGGCACAAAUUGUCAUUUGGUUUGAAUUAUUAUCAAAGGUGAAUGUGGUGAGCAAACGGUUGCAAGCAAAAGAUGUUGUUCUUGAUGUUGCUAUUGAUGAAGUGGACAAAUUAAUUAAAUUCUUUAAGAAUUAUAGAGAAGUGGGGUUCUCUAAGGCACUUGAUGAAGCUAGAGAAAUUGCAAAUGAAAUAGGUGUUAAUGCGGAAUUUCGUCAAAAACGUGUGAUAUAUAGGAAAAAACAAUUUGAUGAAUCAUCAAGUGUAGAAGAAGUAACAUUUUCACCCGAGGAGGAUUUUAGAGUAAAUUAUUUUUUAAGUAUUGUUGAUCAAGCUAUUUUUUCACUUGAAACAAGAUUUGAACAAUACCAAAAAUUCGAAAAAAUAUUUGGGUUUUUGUUUCCUAAAAAGUUGAAGACUCUUGAUGAAGCCAAGCUUAAGGAGUGUUGUUAUCGCCUUGAAGAUGCAUUGAAGUAUGAAGGAGAAUCCGAUAUUGAUGCUAAAGAAUUGUGUACGGAGUUGAAGUUGAUUACUACAUUUUUACCGAGACACAUUGACAACCCUUUUGACGUUUUAGACUAUAUCUUCCAACGCAGUACUACUUAUCCUUAUGCUAUAAAUGCAUAUAAAGUGUUGUUGACAAUUCCGGUAACCGUGGCAUCGGCAGAAAGAAGUUUCUCAAAGUUGAAGUUGUUGAAGACCUAUUUACGUUCUACAAUGUCACAAGAAAGGCUAAACGGGUUGGCGACAAUAUCUAUUGAAAGUGAAAUAUUAGAUACUAUGGAUUACAAGGAGUUGAUCGAGAACUUUGCUUCAAAAAACGCUAGGAGAACCACACUGUUUGCUUAG